AAUAUGUAGUUUUUAGGAUUUUCCUAAUUUUAAUUUUUUACUUUUAGAAAUUUAGGAAUCUGAAAUAGUUGUGCCGGUUUCAAAUAAAGAAAAUGUUCCUAGAAAAUAUAAGUCUUUUGAUUCUGUAUGUUUGGGUAAAGUAAAUCAAACUCUUAUUAAAUGAAAUAAUUAAAGCACUUGAAGACAAUAAUAAUGAACCAGAAGAAGAAGGUGGUAGUGCUGCUCAUGGCCAUGGUGGUUUCCCAGGAAAGGUAACAGAGAGAGAAAGAGAAAGAGAGAAACAAAUCGAGUGGAGACAAAGAAAGCACAAGACGAAGAUCAUACAGUCACACACUGAUUCACUUAGCUUCAAGAAGACAAGAACAGCUUACUCUGUAAAGGACAAGGAGACAUGCAAAGCUAAUCCGUGUCCUUUCUUCAUCGGUCGUUUCAUCCAAAACUCGAAAGGUCUUCAUUCUUCUUCUUGUGGGAACUAGCUUGUUUGACAUCAGAUGAGUAAGAAAGGUUCCAGUUUGCCAUACCUUAAUACUAGCAUCGCAUGGGGAGUGCUUCCAACUGAACCCCUAAACUUGAAGACGGUGGAUGCAAGGCCUGGACAUAUGCACACCACAAAGCAAAUCAGUUUCCAGGACCAGGAUUCACCUUCAACUCAGUCCACUUGUCAGUCUUACACUGAAGUUGCAAGUAGUGGAGAUGAUCAUCCUUCCAGACAAAUCUCCUUUUCAACCAAAUCAGGAUCUGAAGAAACUCAGCGGAAGGUAUCUGCAACUCAUGCUAAAUCAGGCGCAAUGACAUCAUUCCCAAACAUGCACUUUGCUCCUACGCAGGCUAAUUUCUCAUUUCACUAUGCUGAUCCACAUUAUUGUGGUUUGUUAGCUACAACAUAUCUACCACAAGCACCGACAUGCAAUCCCCAAAUGGUUGGUAUGGUUCCUGGUAGAGUUCAGUUACCAGUGGAGAUCACUGAAACAGAGCCAGUCUUUGUCAAUGCGAAGCAAUACCAUGCAAUCAUGAGGAGAAGGCAGCAACGUGCCAAGCUUGAAGCUCAGAACAAAUUAAUCAAAGCCCGGAAGCCGUAUCUUCAUGAAUCUCGACAUGUCCAUGCUCUUAAAAGGCCAAGAGGAUCCGGUGGAAGAUUCCUCAACACCAAAAAACUUCUUCAAGAAUCCCAACAGGCUGCUCCUAAACAACAGGAACAUGACAAAAGGACAAACAUGUCUAGAUUCCAAGCUCAUAUGCUGCAUCACAACAAAGACCGUGGCUCGACCACAUCUGGCUCUGACAUCACAUGUGUUUCCGACGGUGCUGCUGAUAUUUUCGGACACACUGAACUCCAGUUUUCAGGUUUUCCAACAACUCAGACUAACCGAGCUAUGCUUGUUCAUGGUCAAUCCAACGACAUGCAUGGAGGUGGGGACUUGCACCAUUUCUCUGUCCAUAUCUGAGACAUUGGAUCUUUUUGGUGCUGGUUUCAUGUUUCCCACCAAAAGGGGAAGUCAUCCUUGGCUACUACUACUAGUUGUUAUGUUUUCAUUUCACUUUGUCUAUGUUUUGAGACAUCACCACAAGAACAAGAACUACCAUAAUCUUCGCUUACCAUGUAUCCUGUGUAAAACUAGUGGUUUGAUUUUCGUAUAAACUUUCAGUUCCACUU